ACACGUAGCAACACGGCUCUGCUUCUUCUUGCGCUCCGUUUCCAUUAAACUUAUCAUCCCUCUCCCUGAACCCUUUGUCUCUUGAUCUUUCUUGAACCCCCUGAAGAAAACCCCAUCGAGAUGCCGUUUGCUCUCUCCGGGAUCCUCCUUCCUACUGUGCCGGGAACGUCCUCCCGAUCCGAUUUUCGCGGCGUCCGCCGGAGUAGAGCGAACGUCUCAUUUCUUUCCACCACGACGAACUCCAACUCUAGGAAGAUAUGUGCUUCGCUCUCUCCUUCUCCUUCUUUUGACUCGGAUUCUACUUCUACGACUGUGGCUGCUGCUGGUGGGAAAGUUCUUAUCCCAGGUGGCGAGAGCCAAGAAUCUACUCCCCCUGCAAUCAAGGAUCCUCAGGUAGCCGAUAAAGAUCACAAGGUGUUUGAAGAUGUAGUAAUUUUACCCACCGAAGUUGAGAGUGCCAUUGAAAUUGAACAAAAAUCUGUUGCUUCAGAAACCCUUGUUGAGGUGGAUAGUGCCAUUGAAGUUGAACAAAAAUUUGUUGCUUCAGAAACCCUUGUUGAGGUGGAUAGUGCCAUUGAAGUUGAACAAAAAUUUGUUGCUUCAGAAACCCUUGUUGAGGUGGAUAGUGCCAUUGAAGUUGAACAAAAAUCUGUUGCUUCAGAAACCCUUGUUGAGGUGGAUGGUGCUAUUGGAGUUGAACAACAAUCUUUUGCUUCAGAAACCCUUGUUGAGGUGGAAGGUGGUGAGCUUCCUGAGUCUUUGGCCACUGUGAAAAUUGAUGAGCCAAUGGAAGAGAAAUUAGGAGUUAUUCCUCCCCCUGGUAGUGGCCAGAAAAUUUAUGAGUAUGACCCUCAGUUAGAAGCUCAUCGAGCACAUCUUGACUACAGAUAUAGCCAAUACAAGAGACUGCGUGAGCUUAUUGAUGAACAUGAAGGAGGUUUGGAACCAUUUUCUCGUGGCUACGAAAAGUUUGGCUUUAUCAAAAGUGACAACGGCAUAACGUAUCGGGAAUGGGCCCCUGGAGCAAAGUGGGCAGCACUAAUUGGAGAUUUUAACAAUUGGAAUCCUAAUGCUGAUGUCAUGACGAAGAAUGAAUUUGGCGUGUGGGAGUUAUUUUUGCCCAACAAUGCAGAUGGCUCACCACCAAUUCCUCAUGGCUCACGUGUGAAGAUACGUAUGGAUAGUCCAUCUGGCGUGAAAGACUCAAUCCCUGCAUGGAUAAAGUUCUCUGUUCAGGCCCCUGGGGAAAUACCUUACAAUGGUGUAUAUUAUGAUCCUCCGGAGGAGGAAAGGUAUAUAUUCAAGCAUCCUAGGCCAAAAGCUCCAAAAUCUAUACGUAUUUAUGAGUCACAUGUUGGAAUGAGUAGCACGGAACCCAAGAUUAACACAUACGCUAACUUCAGGGAUGAUGUAUUACCCCGGAUUAAACGACUUGGAUACAAUGCUGUUCAGAUAAUGGCCAUUCAAGAGCACUCAUAUUAUGGAAGUUUUGGGUAUCAUGUAACCAAUUUCUUUGCGCCAAGCAGUCGUUUUGGAACUCCAGAUGAUCUCAAAUCCUUGAUUGAUAAAGCUCAUGAGCUUGGAAUAAUUGUCCUAAUGGAUAUUGUGCACAGCCAUGCGUCAAAUAACGUCUUAGAUGGGUUGAAUCAGUUUGAUGGGACGGACACUCACUAUUUCCACUCUGGAUCUCGUGGGCACCACUGGAUGUGGGAUUCUCGCCUUUUCAACUAUGGAAGUUGGGAGGUGUUGAGAUUUCUCCUUUCCAAUGCAAGAUGGUGGCUUGAUGAAUAUAAGUUUGAUGGUUUCAGAUUUGAUGGAGUUACCUCAAUGAUGUAUACACACCAUGGGUUGGCGGUGGGUUUCACUGGAAACUACAAUGAAUACUUUGGAUUGGCAACUGAUGUGGAUGCGAUGGUCUAUCUUAUGCUGGUCAAUGAUCUUAUUCAUGGGCUUUUUCCAAAUGCAGUUACCAUUGGUGAAGAUGUAAGCGGAAUGCCAGCGUUCUGCAUUCCUGUUAAAGAUGGUGGUGUUGGUUUUGAUUAUCGACUUCAUAUGGCUAUUGCUGACAAAUGGAUUGAAAUUCUAAAGUUAAAGGAUGAGAACUGGAAAAUGGGCGAAAUUGUAUACACCCUCACAAAUAGGAGGUGGUCAGAAAAGUGUGUUGGAUAUGCUGAAAGCCAUGAUCAAGCUCUUGUUGGGGACAAGACUAUUGCAUUUUGGCUAAUGGACAAGGAUAUGUAUGACUAUAUGGCUCUUGAUGUUCCAACAACUCCUAGAAUAGAGAGAGGAAUAGCUCUCCACAAGAUGAUCAGGUUAAUCACUAUGGGAUUAGGUGGAGAAGGAUACCUUAAUUUCAUGGGUAAUGAGUUUGGGCAUCCUGAGUGGAUCGAUUUUCCAAGAGGUGAUCAAAGACUUCCAAAUGGUAGGGUGAUAUCGAGCAAUAAUUAUAGCUUGGACAAGUGUCGCCGUAGAUUUGAUUUGGGAGAUGCAGAUUACCUAAGGUACCGUGGAAUGCAGGAAUUUGAUCAAGCAAUGCAACAUCUUGAGGAGAAAUAUGGUUUCAUGACUUCAGAACACCAGUUUGUGUCACGGCAAGAUGAAGGCGACAAGAUGGUUGUUUUUGAACGAGGUGAUUUGGUAUUUGUCUUCAAUUUCCAUUGGAACAACAGUUACUUUAACUACCGAGUCGGCUGUUCAAAGCCUGGAAAAUAUAAAGUGGUUUUAAGUUCUGAUGAUGGUUGGUUUGGUGGCUUCGACCGUAUUGAUCCCAAAGCAGAGUACUUCACUAGUGAAGGAAGGUAUGACAAUAGUCCCCGCUCUUUCUCAGUGUAUGCUCCAAAUAGAACAGCUGUCGUGUAUGCUCUCUGUGAUGAAUGAUUCAAAAGCUUCGUUAGGCCUUUCCAGUUGAAUGCGGCAGCUCUGAUGAAGUGACCGCAGUUGUGGAAUCCAGUGGCAUCAUCAUCCAUGCAGAUAUAGUAGAUCAGCUUGACAUUGUUAUUGAUGAUGAUUAUUCUAUCCACUCCACUUUUGUUAAUAUAGCUUCAUCCUUGGGCGGUAGCAUACCAGCAGAAAGUGCUUUCCUAAACUCCUUCCACUCGCAGCAGCAUAUGGUUCCUCCUUUUUUCCUGAUGAAUAACUGAUUCGGAGGAAAUUUGUGUUGAUGUUUUUCCCAUCUAUAUAUCAUCUAUGAAUAAUUUUUACAUGUACGGCAUAGUAAUGGAAUUAGUUGUGGCAGCCACUGAUAUUCAUUCCUUCCUUGUAAUACACUACUACGAGUCAAUUCUGAUGAAUAAAGGCGAACAUGGUGGCAGUAAGUUGAUUUCA